GACAUACUUCGAUUUUUUCGUAUUUUCCGACCUGAAAAAGAUAUUUGUGUAAGGUAAAAAGUUGUUUUUCGUGAUCAGCAACUCUCACUCUAUCAAAUGAUGUAAAAAAAACGGCAAAAAAAAUUUUACUUGAAGUUUGAAUUGCCUGCACCUUACGUCAAACGUCAUAUAUCCUCAUAUUUAACCGAAAUAUUCGCAGACAUAACUAUAUUAUUUUAUGUGUUUUAUCAUGUUAACUGAAAAUAUAAACAUUGAGCUAGAUUUAGAGAAAUAUUAUAUUCGCGUAGAUUUCAUGACUCAAUCAUUCGUGUAGCAAACUGCGGAUGUUUUCUAUGAUCUAUGUAAUUAUGUAUCACAUAUACACAUUUAAAUACAGCUAUAAGGCUUUAGGUCACAAGUACCGGUUCAGGUCAAAGUCCAGGUCUUGCAGGUCCAAGUCCGCUUUUGCUAGGUCAGGUCUGGACAUAUGACCUGGAUCUGACCUGUACCAUUCUGUCUCUGAGAAUAUAUUGAACUUAACGAUUCAAUCAAAUUCAAAAGAAUAUCGUUUUUCUUCUUCUAUUUAGAUCUAUCACAAAAUGAAGAUGAUCAAUUACUUGAUCAAACAUUGACAGAAUAUGUUGAGACAUCAACAUUAGGUGAAUAUGACACAAAACAGAGGUGGUGGAACCACUAG